UUUGAUUUUAUUAAGAAAGCAACAACACCAACAAAACACACUUGUAUUUAUCUGCAGUCUUCUUCAUCUUAUAACAAGUACAAAUUUUCAAUUAUGUUACUAUUCCAUUUGAUUUCUUUAACAAUAUUAGUUUUCUAAUUUUAUUAUGGUCAUCCUUUUAUUAUUAUUAUUAUUUAUUUCAGUACAUAAUGAGAUCCAUUGAAUAGAGUGCAAAAGACACCCGCAACUAAUACAAGGAGGAAGAAAAUUUUGAUUGAGAUGUCAUCAAUUCCUGCUGGUUCACAUGGGACUGAAGAAAUACCCUUGUUAGGGGGAAACAGAGAAGAAUGGUGGAAGAGAGUAUUGGAUGUGGAAGAGGCAAAGAAGCAAGUGUUUUUUGCUUUGCCGAUGAUUCUUACGAAUGUUUUCUACUACCUUAUACCAUUGGUUUCUGUCAUGUUUGCUGGUCACCUCAGUGAACUUGAGCUUGCUGGUGCCACUCUUGCCAAUUCAUGGGCCACUGUCACAGGUUUCGCUUUCACGACAGGGUUAAGUGGAGCACUUGAAACACUUUGUGGUCAAGGAUUUGGUGCAAAACUGUACAAGAUGUUGGGGAUUCAUCUACAAGCAUCUUGCAUUGUAUCAUUUUUGUUCUCCAUUCUAGUUUCCGUCCUCUGGUUUUAUACAGAACCCAUAUUGAUCUUACUUCACCAAGACCACGACAUUGCAAAAACGGCAGCUCUAUAUAUGAAGUAUCUUAUACCAGGUUUAUUUGCAUAUGGGUUCCUGCAAAACAUCUUGAGGUUUCUGCAGACACAAUCAGUCGUUAUGCCUCUGGUUGUGCUUUCUGCAUUUCCAAUGGGCAUCCAUAUUGGCAUAGCUUAUUCUUUGGUUCAUUGGACUGAUCUUGGUUUCACGGGUGCUCCAUUGGCAGCUUCAAUUUCACUGUGGAUGUCAUUCAUUGUCUUGGCUACCUAUGUGAUUUGUUCAAAGAAAUUUCAGCAUACAUGGGAUGGGUUUUCAUUUGAACCAUUCAGUUACAUAACAGCAAACUUGAAACUAGCAUUGCCUUCUGCAGCAAUGGUGUGUUUGGAGUAUUGGGCUUUUGAGAUUCUGGUGUUCUUGGCAGGAUUGAUGCCAAAUUCAGAGAUGACUACUUCAUUGGUUGCAAUGUGUGUGAACACAGAAACGAUCGCCUAUAUGCUUACAUAUGGUCUCAGCGCUGCCGCAAGCACAAGGGUGUCAAAUGAGUUGGGAGCAGGAAAUCCUAGCAAAGCUAAGAGCGCCAUGGCUGUGACUCUGAAGCUUUCUGUUCUCUUAGGCCUCACUGUUGUUUUGGCAUUAGCACUUGGUCAUAAUAUAUGGGCAGGCCUUUUCAGUGACAGCCCAGCUAUAGUAAUAGAGUUUGCUUCCAUGACACCUUUAUUAGCCAUCUCAAUUACUCUUGAUGCUGUACAAGGCGUUUUAUCAGGGGUGGCUAGAGGUUGUGGUUGGCAGCAUUUGGCUGUGUAUGCCAACUUGGCAACAUUCUAUCUUAUUGGCAUGCCAAUUGCAAGCCUUCUUGGACUUAAGUUGAAGCUCUAUGCUAAGGGAUUGUGGAUUGGCUUAAUCUCUGGACUCAGCUGCCAAGCCUUCACUCUUUUGAUCGUUACACUACGUGCAAAAUGGGCCAAGGUUGAUCUCUCUUGUGACAAAGAAACUCAUGAUUUCGAGUGAUUAUAAUCAAAUCGAUUGAAAUUGUGGUUUUCCAACAAUUUCAAACAGAUUUUGUGGUGUAACUAGAUAGCUCUCAUUAAUAUUGUUACUUUCAGAAGAUCAAGUGCAAGCUUUAGAGUAGGAUAAAUGUUAGUGCAAUAUUUUGCAUUCAUCUUCCUACGUACUUUGGUACGCAUGCCUUUAAAGUGUUUGAUUCAGACUUCUAACAAUUGUUUGCCUUCUUGGAUUCAAGUUCAAGCUCUAUGCUAAGGUGAGAAGAAUACAGCUUGAUGAAGGAGCUCUUGUGGCAUAGU